UGACGUUUCGGGUUUGACAGUGAAUUGUGUUUUCAUCAGUUGUAGCACUGCUGCUGCUGCUGCUCGUUCGAUAAUUUUUUCCGAUUGAAUAAAAGCAAAAAAGAAACGAAUUCCUAUGAAACGCUUGCCGAAAUGUAGUUUUAACGGAAUUCAAUUGUGAUAAAUUUAAAAGUUUCUAUCGUUUCUUUUUUAUCGGUGUUGAUAUCUAUUUGUAGUAUAACAUAUGCAAAUUGUGUCGUCCGUUGCGAUAUAUAUGUAUAUCUAGUGCUUUACUUGAUCAGAAUGUGCCAUUCUGAUUUCGGUUCUGUAAAUGUUGUUCAUCGCUAAAAAUCUUCCAAAAUUCACAUCACUGCAAUGCAAUGGACAAGUGUGUUGAUUACGAUUCGAUUCAAGUGAGCGAAGAAAGUGACAAUGAUACCGGCAGCGAUGCGAGUGAUUCAUCGAACACCAUACACAAUACCCAGGUCAACGAAAGUUGUACGCUAAUUCAAAACAACCGACGUGCAAAUCAAACGGAUGUCAUUUAUCGUCGUAUCUCGAAUUAUAUGGGCGAUACAAGGUUUCUCGCCGAAUAUGGCAACUUGCAAAUCUUUUCCACGCAUAAAUCAUCGCGCCAAAAUAAAUCAUUCAAACGGUUUUUGUUUCUGUUUGGCUUUGCAUCGACGCUGAUCGUAUUGUCUCAGCUAUAUUUAUCGCUGUAUUUCGAUGGGUCAUCGUUCGGAGUGUCACUUUCAGGAUGGGACAGGAAUCGAAGCCGAAGUAUACCAUUUUAUAUUUUACCCGAUGUGAAUACAACCAUUUUAGAACCGCCAACAUUGUGCCGAGAGAAUUUCCCAAUUUUGCUACUCAUCGUGAUUUGUUCGGCAGCUGAAAAUUUUGAAAUUCGGAAAACAUUACGUGAAACAUGGGCAAACACAACUGAAUUCAACUAUUCCAAGUUCUCAACGCUGCAUUCACGAUUCAAAGGAAAAUAUUUACCUAUUAAUUAUGGCGAUUGGAGGAAUUUCACUGUGAGACAUCACAAGGAGUCUUCCGCAAAUGUUAGCGAUAACAUCAGUGAUAGUAAUAAGGAUGAUCCUAGUCAUGUAGAUUUUCAAAUUCGAACCGUCUUUCUCGUUGGUCAAACCGACAACAAUGAUACACAAGAUAAAAUUGUUGAAGAGAAUCGCACGCACAACGAUUUGAUACAGGAGAGUUUUAUAGAUACCUACAAUAAUUUAACGUUGAAAACCAUUAUGAUGCUGAAAUGGAUCAAUAUCAAUUGUGCCGGUGGCAAAGUGAAGUUUAUCAUGAAAUGUGAUGACGAUACGUUUGUCAAUGUACCAAAUUUAAUUCAUUUUCUGCUCGGUGGCACCGUUCCUAUUUAUAAUGCCACAUUGCAGCGUUACAAUGAACAAACGGUGCGCAUACUUUCUUCCAAAAAUCGGCUUUGCCAGUACGAGGAUUUGCUGAUUGGCACACGAUUUUGCAAAUCGAAACCAAUAUUAGACCUCAGAAGCAAAUGGUUCACGCCGCGUUACAUGUACGAUAAGAGUAUCUAUCCGAAUUAUCUAUCGGGCACUGGCUACGUGUUAACAAUGGACACGGCAGAAAAAUUGUACAAUGUAUCGAUGGACACCCCAUUGCUCCAUCUAGAGGACGUCUUCUUGACUGGUAUAUGCGCUGAAAAAGCUGGCAUCCAGCCGCAAAACUACCAUUUAUUUAAUUAUUUGCCUUAUAAAGACUUGUGUGAAGUCCGCGGAAUGAUUACCUCGCAUGAAAUUAAAUCGAACGAUAUGAGAAAGGUGUACGACUUUAUUGUGAAAUCGAAUGUUACCUGUUCGGCACCGGGUAAACGAGCGACUGUUCGUCCCGUGAAAAAGACAAAACCAUAUUGUAAUUAAGUUAUUAGGAUCGUUUUAAAUGAGAUAAAAAGAAUAGAUGGCCGAAGGCGAGAGCGUAUCAUGAAUUGUAAUGUACUUCCGCAUGCAGCUCAUAUGAUUAAUUCUCAAAUCAGUGCAAUACAAUGCAAUGAAAAGAAAAACGAGACAAAAAUAACCAAAUACAUUUAUCAAUGCGUUGAAUUUAUCUUGUCUAUGGGCAACUAUUGUAUAAAACGUGACUAGUUUGGUUGACGGCAUUCAUUACAUUGUACAUUUCGAAUGACUGAUUAUCAAAAUUAGAAAUAAACUCUCCUAUUUGUUUUGAAAGUCGAAUGUUAAGUGGAUUUUUGAUGCGCUCUCGCUUACCACAUUUGUAUGAAUUCGAAUUUUUUUGAUUGAAGUCAAAUCAAAUUGGUUCGGCUUAAUUUUUUGUUCAAAUGUAAAGGGGGCUACCACUAUGCUGCUGGAAAAUGUUUCCCAAUUGUUUUUUCAUUAAGACAAAAAAAAAGAAACAUAAAACAUAUACACACACAUAAUGAA